UAUUGAUUCUUCCCAGGACGUUUUCAAUUUUUGAUUAAGUCAUAUAUAAUAUAUCACCUACUAAAAUGUAACUUUUACAUAUUCAGAUACCUUGGCAAAUUGAAGUCAUAUGUUCGUAACAGAGCUCAUCCAGAGGGUUCAAUGGCAAAUUCAUAUCAUGCCGAGGAGUGUAUGGUGUUUUGUUCCAGAUAUUUAGAAGGCUUCUCUACAAAACAUAACAAACCAUCGAGGAAUGAUGAGACUCGGGAUGAUCUUGAAUCUAACUUAUGUGACCAUGAAUCCUUAUUGUUUCCCUCAAUAGGAAAACCAUUGGGAAAACCAUCUACAUUCAUUUUAACUGAUUUAGAGAAAUUGCAAGCCCAUCGAUAUGUGCUAUACAACUGUGAAGCUGUCAUCCCUUAUUUCAAGGAAAAUGCUGUUGAUAUCAAAAGGAGAAAUCGUAACCACCGACUAGCUCCUAAAACGAUUGAGCGAAUGCAACAUAAAGAUUUUCCUAAUUGGUUUAGAGAUCAUAUCAUGCAGUUGGAGCAACAGAACGGUAGCGAUAGCAUCAAUGAGGAAAUUAGAUGGUUGGCUCGAGGUCCAUUGGACUCAGCAAGAAGGCAUAGAGCCUUUAAUAUUCGUGGAUACAGAUUUUGA